GUAUGCUGUUCAUUUCGAUAUAGCGCCCUCAAUAAACGAAAGCAAAUUCCCGCGAUUCUCAAAAAAAGAAUGGCCGCUGCUCCAAACGAAACAUCAAUGGACAAGUCGUCCGCCGGGCCCGGCUCGGCAUCAAAUGAAAGUUCACUUGCAUAUUCACGUUUAGAAGAAACAAGACAAUGUGACGAAGGUUCUCAUAUGAUAAGGUUGCGGGACGCUCUACAAAAAACAGUGAAAAAAUGCCUAGAAGCCGGAAGGUACAGCACCUUCGCACGUAGCUACUCAUUUGCCCAUGAGAAAAGACCAGCAGCUUUAAGAAGCAUCAGGGAACAGUUCUUGGAAAAUCUUGAAUCAUCUGUUCAGAAAGAACUUGAGCUGAUGAUCGAAGAAGAAGGUCUCGUCAGGUUAUUCAAUGAGUUAGAUCAACACAUACAUGAGGCCCCCACACAGCUCUCGCAGCCAGCCUGGAGACCCUCAGGUGACCCCGUUGAGGAUGUCCGAAGCCACCUCAUCCAGCCCAAACUACGAGAGAAGGAGAGAUUAGAGCACCUGCUCGAACAGGUGCAGCAGGAGAAUAAGAGGUUAUACCAAGCACUGGUCCCCCGUAAGCAACACCUGCUGGACACUAAGCAAAAGAUCAACGAGGGACUGAAACCAUUUGAUAAGGCUGCAGCAGCAUGCAAAAAAGUUCCAACAGCAGAUAUGGAAAAAAUGAGUGAGACCCUGUCUGGCGCCCCCUAGAUGGGAAACUCGGUCAAUGACACGAGUUAAUGUUUUUGGCAUUCCAUAGAGGGCCAACUUUGCAUUAUUGACCAAGCCCUUCAGUGCUCCUCCCCUACCCACUGAGAGUGGAAGUGAUGAAACUGUUUUCCUUCAAUCUCGCGAGACGGAAAGAUCCAUGAGAGGGUCGUCGACCAAUGGCAAGGAUCCAGAAAUCCCAGGAGGUAUGACUUAUUUUUUAACAGAUUUAUGUCGAUGUCUGUACUGUGCUACAUUUGUGCCAGUUUAGCUACUAAGGGCAGUGAGGAUGUUUUUGCUAAAGAAACUGAAAUUAGUGCAGAAAGGAUACUGGCUGGAAAAAAAAUGGAAUACCGAGAUGAUCGAUGCAACACCCUGGAAUAAAUGUCUAAUGGCUUUCGUAAAAACUUCCUAUGGAAUUAUAAGAAUUUAGCGCUGCAUCUAGCUCAAAGAUGCAUUGCCCUUUGUUUAGAUGUAGGGAUAAAAUAUUAAAAAUAUUUCCCAAGCAAACAAGUUUAGAAAGGCUAAUAUUUGUGAGCAACACAAAAUAUAAACUGUUUAUUAAAAACGAAAAAUAAUAUUAACAAAAAUAAAAAUGAUAUUUCCAAAGCAAACUAGCUUAGAAAGGCUAAAUAUUUUUGUGCGACAAAAAAAUAAAUUGUUGAUACGAGCGCUUUUGUUUUAAAUUGGGGCUCGAUCUGAUUUCCUGACCAGUGGCCAAUUAGUAGAGGAAUAGCAAGUAAACGAGUACAGUAUUAUCUUUCUGGUGUUAACAGGUCACAUCGGCCAGCGCCGCCGUGACAGGUACAUGCAGGAUGCAGUACACAUUCCCCACACGCUUUGUUUGUUUGCCGUUCACGAUCUUGUACAUUGCUUAGAUGUGGGCAUUUGAAAUUUACCAAGUCAGGUUUCCCGUUCAGUUUAUUAAUUGAAACAGAUAUAGGCAUACACAUGCUUUAGAAAGUGUUAACAGGAUUAGGCAUACACUUGAAAAGUAAUAUUUGCAAACACUCUUUUACAAAGAAUUUGUAUUUUAUUACAAAUAAUCCAGACAUUUACAUGAGUUAUUAACAAAAAUCUAGUUUUGAAAAGUAUUAAUUUUGUUAUACAAACUGUAGGAAUUACAAUCAAGAAGUGUUUAGAGAUUAAUAAUCUUGUACCGGGGCAUCAGCGAGCAUUCAACUAACUCGUGCACGAUUGUGUUUAACUUAGUGGUGUAAUGUAGCAUUUCCUUGUGACGUAGCAUUUACUGACGACAUACCAGCUGUCAUCUGCAAAGCACCCUGAGUAGGGCUGAUGGGCCUUACCUGAAUUGUUGGCCUAUAGAUGUUUUGAUUCUUAACUUUGUUUUUAAAGGCGUCAGUUAUUUAGGAUUUACUGUACCUAGAUUCAAAUAUCUCGGUCUCUAAUACAUAGGCCUACAAGUUACUUUAAACAGAAAAUAAUAAUAUUUGAUAGUACUUGUCUGAAACAGGCAUGAUCCAAAGAUCCAAAGACGGCGGUGUGAUGUUGGAUUGAAUAAUUGAUUUAUUAGCAAGUGUCUGUACAUAGUUUUGUCUAAAAGGCCUUAUAAUACUUUUCUUUAUUUUAAAAUAUUUUAGUUUUAUAUUAUUGGUUUUGUAUUGACAAUUUGGUUUCUGCCGUUAUUGUUUGUCAGAUUAAAUCCUCUUUUGAAUUAAGUUGAUUUGCUGUGUCCCAAUUGUCAGUCUAACAUGAUGACUCGUGAUAGUCACAUGCAUUGAUCCCUUGAGGUCACUUGCGAUUGUCUGCUUUUGAUCUGCCAUUCUUGGGGUCAAAUUGCAAACAUACAUGCGUUGUGAUUUGUCAAGGGCUGCCAACUCUCCCUGAUUCUGCAGAAAGUUUUCUAAAUAUAUAACCCAUCUUCCCAUGCUCCUAUGAAGUGUAUAAUGAGUAAUUGAAAAUAUCCCCGGUCACGGAAUUUGUUCCCCUAUAUUAUUUUAAAUGUAAUAUCUUCCUGAUUGUUGUACAAAGUCUCACUUAUCGCAAGAUGAUAAUAAAGAAGGCAGCUCUG